AUGGCUCAAAACGAAGCUUGCAAGCUUUCAUUGGUAUCCAAUCCAAUCCGAUUGAUAAAUCAAACCCUGUCGGGCUGCGUUGAAAGGACAGCCUCAUCAUCCCGAUCUCUGCGACAGCUGCUGAAGUUACAUGAAGAAAAACUCAAGAACUGUCAUGACCCCUACCCGCGUCAAUCGUCCAAGUCGCGUAAUACCAUCCAAACAGGAAAAGUUACAUUGAGCGAUGGUGAAAUCAUCUCGUUAUCCGAUCAAAGGAAAGCGAAUGUACUUCGGAUCAGCGAGACAUUCGAUAUCGACGAAGUAGAUGCACUUAUCCUAUGGCUCCAAUUCCUUCAUGCCGAAAGACACACAUCAUCUCCGAUCAGUGACGCAGACCAAUCGAGCCCGAAGAAGGUCACCGAUGCCACAUUUGAAGAACAGAAAUUUGAUGAGGAGACAAUGGCCAAUUUUUCUUCCUUCUACUUCGAGGAGAGGAGAAGCGCUCUUAUAGUUGUUGCUUCAGCGUUGCAUAUAGCCGAAAACGAGUCCUCUGCAAUCAAUGAUACAUGUUCACAGCUUCUGGAUCUCAUCACCUCGAUAGAAACACCCUCUCUGAUGCUCGAGUCAUUCAUCAAACGAACCAAGUCGUCCCUCCCCGAUAGUGUGCGCGGAACAGCCCGACAGGCCUUGAUUUGGACACAACAGCUCAUGUACGAGCAAAAGUUGAUCCUCGAAGUUAUCUUUUUGCUGUUCUAUGGCCUCAUCAAACCAGAUGCCGCACAUUAUGUUUCAGUGUUGAAAGCUUUGCAAGAGACUUCGUGGGGCAAAACUCAGGCGUGUUUACCUUACUUUGAUGAAGAAACCUCGACGAUCCACUUGAACGUGUCAAACCUUCUGACGCUAAUAGCCUUGCAAGCCUCUCAUACCGAAGACAUCUGCUCUCCUGAAUUCGCACUCGCAUCGGAGCCCACUGAACGCGAAUUGACCCACCCCGGGAAGCUCAAAGAAAUCUACGACUUGCAACUCGACUUGCUCCAGCAGCAGCCGCUACAAGCCGCCCCCAUUGCGCUCGCUUGGUCGUUUAUACUCCAUCAGCUGACGAAUAUCUACCUGGAGAAUGAAAUUCCCCAGUCUCAUCAAGAUUUUGCCGAGCUCAUUCUUCCCCAGUCAAACCAGAUGAAUUCCGAUCAGGAUGAAGAGGCCACCCCCGAACAGCAAGAUGAGAGUAUGCCAUUAUAUCAGCGCUGGGCUCGACAUGUCUUAUCCCACCAAUGUCAACUCUUCCAGAAUUUGAGUCAGCUAGUGUCGUCUGUGUAUUGUGCAAGCUCCCACAAUCGCUUUGGUGCGCCCGACAAUAAUGCUCUUGGCUACCUCGUCACUGUCCGAACGUUCUUAUCUGCUGUGCCGAUCUUCUUCCGAAUAUCCUACCUGGGCAAGCAACAAUUCGAGGAUGCCAUCAACGUAUUCGGGUUGCUAUUCAGGCUUGAUGUGCAGCAUGCUAUAGCCAGCGAUCUGUGGCGAGCAGUACUUGGUGAGAUGGAGGUCGUUAGCGAUGUCGAGCUCCCCCUCGCAACCGGUGAAGCAGAAUAUCUCUCUUCCGCGCGAGUCAGAUUCCCCAUCAAUGUUGGACUAUUUACCGGAUUAUGUCGAUCACUCAGUGGCUUCAAUGAAACCCCUCAACCUUCAGAUCCGAGCUAUCAACUUCUCUGCACUCGUUCCUUACUGGAAUAUGCCGAUCAGCUACCCACACUCACCGAAGCUAUUCCAAGCUCUCAAUCUUCGCUCCUACCUCUGUGUUACGAGCCAACCCUCCCGCCGCAAACCAUCGAUACGCCAGAUGGUAGUCCCCCUGACUCUCAAGGUUGGAUCAAAGCAACUCGCCCUAUUUGGAUCUCACCUGACCUCCAAAUUCCAAAGCACACGAUAGGUAAAAUCGUCAGCGGUGCCGACCAAAAGUCCGUGGUUGUGUGCUGGCGCUUCACUUGGUCGGCGUGGCGAUAUUGGGGUCGACUCCUACUGCAAUAUGCAGGAUACUCUGGUCAGCAGAGCAAUCAUGACCAUCACCACGAUGUCUUUGGAUCAUCAUCAACUUCAAACCCUUCUUGGUAUGAAGAUAAGCUGGAAACCGAGAGCAUCGUCAAUAUCUUGAAGAUUUUGACCAGUGUUGUUGAGUGCAGCACCGAGCUUGGAGCAGAGCUGAUUGGCAAGAUGGUUGGCAAUAUUUCGCAUCAAGGCCUAAUCCAAGCCAUUUUCAAUCUUAUCGAAAAUCCGAUCGACAUGUCCACUCACACCAUCUCUAGUGAAACUACUGAAAUAUCUCUGCGCCUCGUGUCUGCCCUCUCACCGAUAUUUCCUGGCGCUGUUUGGACUUUGGUUCGAGGCUCGCACCUUCUUUUCCCGGACUCGUCCAAAACAUCUCAUUGGAAUGCUAUCGACACAAGUGGUCCCACGUUGAAGUUUGAGCGGUUGUCUGGUGAAUAUGGCAUCACUCUCGCCAUUCUGGAUCUAGCUCAAAUGCUUCUGCUGGAGGCUAUCUCUUCAGGACUCACAACCAACCCCACCUUUGCUGAAAUCAAAGCGGAGGUUCUUGUCAGGGCACUCGGUUGGAUUUGCGAGGAGGUUUGGCCUGGGUUUCAAAAUUGGAAAUAUCGUCGACUGGAAGACAAGUUUCAAAUCGCAAGCAAAUGUUGUAUCAUCUUCAACACAAUUGCUUCUGAGACUCUGAAAACCCAAUUGUUUUCGGCCGACAUUCAGACAGACUUGGUCGUCGCUCGACUGUCUCAAUCGUUUUUCUCCUGGUUCCUCACAUCAGCCACUGCGCUCACUCUAAAUCCGCUGAUUUCCAUCCUCACCACCGACCAGAGCGUCAUGGAAACUCUUCGCAAAUUUCAUCGCAAUGUGGAACUUGAGGCGUUUGCCGAAUCACUGUCGGCCUGCGCACGUUUGGCCAGAAACAUUCUCGCCCUCAAAAUCAAUCACAUUCCCUCAGGGCAACCUUGCUUGUUGGAGCGACUUUUUAUGGCUCAGUCAAAUCGAAAACCUUCUUCCUUCGCUGGUCUCAAAGAUCACUCUCGUCAAAGCGUAUUGCCAUUCGUCGCCCAAUGGUGUCUGGUUGCUCCGCAUGUCGAUAUUUCUAAGGAUGCAUGCGAUAUAUUUGCCUUUCUUUGUUUCCUUUCGCAGGAUUGGCCUUCCGAUUGGCCUUCAAUCAGUUCAGGUUUCGGAGACCCCGACUCGAUGAGUCUAUUUUUACACGAGCUCGCGUUUCAAGGUUUCCAGAUCCGCGAUGAUGAUGGCAUCCUCAGAUCAUCAUAUUGGAAUUUGCUGGCAGUGUUACUCGAUACCCAGCCGUCUCUCGGAGCUAUUAUUGUGACUGGGACGGCAUCCCUCCCCGGCUCCACAACUGAAUCGGUUCAAAAGUUGCAAUCCAAGAGCCCUUUUGAGCUAGGUAUUGCGGCAUUCGUCAAGUGUUUCGAGAACAACAACAAGCUCGACAUCACCGUCGGACUGAGCGUGUUGUACUUUUUGUACACUGUCUACAGUCAGACGAACGGAUUCCUCGCAAUCUUGUGUCAAACUCUGGAGAAUCAAGAGUUUGUUGAUAGGAUCGUCGACAUAUCAACCAGUUUGAUCAACACUCCCCAAUCAUUACUCUCCAUAUCCGAGAGCCGUCUCGCGCCUUUGUCGAGUGAUGAUGCUGAACGCGACCUCUUCGGAGAACUGGAAGAGCUCCAGAUUAAACAUUUUUGCAACGAACUGAUGUGUAAGGCUUACGCGACCAGGACCCUAACGGUUCUGCUCCAACUGGAAUCGGAUCAAUCGACUAUGUUAAAAGGAAUGUCGAGCAAGAGUAAUAUUGGCCUGUCUAUCUCAAAAGAACUUCAAAAAACACCGACUCAACUGCGUGAAUUGAUCUGCUCCGCGAUUGAAAGCUUGGCCAAUCCGGAACUUCAGUCUGAAGCCCUUCGAGAAAUCAAUAACCGAUACCCCAAUCUCGACCUCGAUACCUACCGAAGAGUUGACCCUGCUUUGCCCUAUGAGAAGCUCCAGCUGUACGGCAACGGUUUUGUUUACGACUACGAAUUGGUAAUAGGUAGAAUUAGAGGUAGUGAUGUAUCGGCUUCAGUCGCCGAUGAAGUGAUGAAGAAUUUGAUUGCUAUCAACUGGAAUCUGUCAGCCGUUGAUGCCCAGCUUGAAGUCACUCAGUCAUGGGAAUCCCUUCUGGAAGUAGUCUUUCAGCAAAAAUCUAUCACUCUCCAGUUAGGACCGCAACUCUCUCAAUCAGUACUGGAAUCGGCCAAUGUGAUCGCGAAAGAAAUCAGAGGCGGUGACUUUAUGCUCAACAUCCAUUCAGUUAGAAUCUCAAUUCUUUUGACACUAGUUCAAGCACUCCCCGUGAAUGAAGAAACAUCCAGAACGACCAUCAAACUAUUGGAAAGUGUCAAGAGCCUAAUCUCCUCCGAGCGUUUCCCAAUCCUCGAUUCUAUCAAGCGAAGACUGAAAAUCAAUUGGCACACGAACUUUCUCAAGUUGCUUUACCUAAUCUUCAGGCGGUGUGCGCCAAUCAAGAUACCCAGUCUGAAUGAUGAACAAAGGCACUUGAUGGUCAACCUGGUGGAGACGUUUUUGAGGUCUAGCAUCUCGAUCUUGGAGACCGUCUUGACUUUAGCCCAGAUCUCAUCUGAUGCCAACUAUGAGCAAGAUUUGAAACUCAGCGUUUCUAUUUUUACCGAGCUCAUGAACUCCCCCGUCCGACCUCCGAUAAUGAACUGGGCACAUCGCAUUCAUGAUCUUUGCCAACCCGCCUUCAAUCUCCUCACCCAAGAGCCUCUUCUUGAUGACCAAGAGCCGAUGUUUGCAGAACAUGUGAUUCGUCUCUUCAUGAGUUUAGCGCUUGAUGAUCGUCUGGCAGAGUACAUGGCCUCCGAGGGACUGAUACCCGUUCUCCUCAACAUAUCGCUCACUCCGAGGGCGUCUGAAGGACUGAUCGAACCUGUCGCAUCCAAUCGACCCUUCGAGAGAAGUCCAACUCAUCGCCUGUGGUGUUCCAUCCUUGCUCUCGUUACCUCCCUUGCCAACACACUUUGCUACAGCGAAACCUUUGUGCUGGACGAAAUCAGUUCUUUUGCCCGACUCUAUUCCCCUCAAUUACUCAAAGCCAUCAGUGUCAUCUCGCCACCGGAUCACACUUUGCGCGGAUCGUCCGAGAUGAACCUGACUCUUGCCGGUCUAGAAGAGGCAGAGCUUGUGACAAACCUCCUGGUCGUUGUCUCUUCAAAACCCGUCGGCCGCUCCUUACUCAGCUUGCCUGAAAACUAUCGCCAAGCCAUGCUGACUGCACUUCAAACUUUAGCUCAUUGUCUCAACCAUCCCAAUUCCACCUCGAAAUGGCUAGAGAAUGAUGUGACCUGGAAGAGUAGUAGCAGGCUAAUGAGUCAGACGUUGGGCAAGACCGGUCAAGUCGUCGUUGAUAACGGCCAACCCUUGCCUACUCAUGUCCAAGAAGCUUUGUUGCACAUGUUACAAGUUUCUCGGAAUAUUCUUCACACCCUGGUUUCUCACACUCGAGCUCUCAGUGUUCUUACGCGAGACGUUGCAGAAUGGGCAGUCGAAUAUGCAAUGAUUAAUCCUACUAGAAGUAUUGUCGUUGGCGAUACAGCUACCAUCGGAACGCUGUUUGAACUUGCUGAAACAAGUCUUGACAUCUACCGAUUGGCUUCUACUCGGAAUUCCGCCCCCCCUACCACAUCCUCCGACCUUUCAGACUCGGUCAAUGUAUCUGAUGCUUCAGCAGUCGUGCUGGAGUUAUCAUUACUAUUGGCAUCGACACAACUGGCUCUAUGGCUCUAUUCCACCGCCAACCCCGAGAGUAGUGUAGUCGGCAGUCUUACAUAUCCCAGUUCCCACGCCAUCCAUAAAGACAGUGAAAUGAGCGCUCAAGCUCCAACAUCGCCUCGGCUCAGAAGAGAAAUUUUGAGUGAUCUGGCACCUGAUUUGAUGAGCUCGAUCGAUAAAGGAUUGAGUGUAAUCAAACUCGUCAAUUCUCGAACAACUUACCAACCCAGAUACGCCGUCAACCCCUUAAAUAGGUCGACCAUCAAGAAAAAAACAAUCAAAAAACCGUUUCAAUUGAGCUAUUCAAGCACUCAAUCAAGUCCUCCCAGCCCUUCACUCGAAAAUCAGUCCGCUCUUAUAGUCAAUACCCCCGACAAUCAUCAGCAAACUGAAGAUCUCUUGUCCGCCUUAAAACGUUUCGCCGAACGGUAUUUUUCUGAAUGA